AUACAACUGUCAAACUCUACUGAAGCCAUCACACCGUCCAAGUAUCUCAAUUGCUCUAUAAAGUUAUCCAGAGAUCCACUAUCCUCGUAAUCUACUGGCAUAUACACUGUUAAACUAAAGGCAUUUUCCUUGUUCCAAAAGACAACCCAACAGCAGCUAACCUUGAACUACCGGUAUCCAACGGACUUGUCCAUCUUUGCAUUCUCUUGUGCCAUAGUAAUACAACACCACUGAAUGGUCUUCCCAUAUGUAACAGGUGAGUUUCCAUUAGAGGCACUGCACUAUAUAUCACAUCCAUACCAAGACUUUGAAAUUGUCCAAACUCACAUAAAAUAAGCCAAUGCUCUUGCACAGCAAGAAAAUCAGAACUUGCAAGGAACUGACUUAUCUCUUCAACAGAAGAUUUGAACCCUCUACAAUUAUAACUCUAGAUCCGAUAGUCUGCCUUUCAUUGAGCUUGCCCCAUCUCCAUCAUGGUGACCAGUUAACAUCAUUAUAUUGUGAUACCUUUUCCCUUGGAUUGGCUUCAUAAUCCAAGACCUGACCUUGGAGCCUUCUGGCCAAGAAUUAUUAGACAGCACUCUAUCACGAUCACACACAGGAAUUUGAAUCCUUGCACUAAGAUAAUUAUAUAUCUUUGGUUCAGAAUCCAGCAGUCCAUCAUCUGAACGCCACUGUCCUUCAAGAAGGAAUCAAUUUCAGGAUUUAUAAUAUCAACUGCCAAAUUUCCUACAUAUAGGUUCCAAUACUGCCCUGUCUUUCGCGUAACAACCCUAAGUGCACUGCACGUAGAUUCCACCUCUUUCUUCCCAUGGAUAGUAUUCACCUUAUGUUUACGAAGAUUUCCCACAAGAGACCAAGUUCCCUCAGCAUUAUUCUUAGCAUCAGUUUCAUGAUCAGUUUCUUGAUUUAUGGAACUAAGCACUUUACUUGCCUCCUUGUUAGGUAUCCCUAAGGACUUCAAUUGACCCACUGGCACCUUGUAAAUCUUCCCUUUCACGCAUUUUUUCUGCAACUCCUGUAGAAACAACCUCAUCAAAGCUGUGCUUCUCCAUUUGAGAUACAUCCUGACGUUGCUGUAUAUCUUUCAGCUUGUCAACUUUACACGAAGUCUGAGUAAGGAGAUCCUGCAUUUUCGAGACCACGCCCUUUACCUCUCUCAUCUCUGACAUCAUCUUACUGCCACAGUCAAGAACUUCACCCUCCUCUUUACUCAGAUAACUGUAACCUAUUGCUCCAACAUCUAUCGCCUCUUGAGGGACAUGAGGGAGGGUAUUCAGUGAGACCGCAGCAUACGUUGGCAGAGAGCAGAUCAGCCUCCACCAACAGAGCGACCAUGUCAUCAAUCUCACCUCUUUUUCAUUUCCACCAGUUGACUUGUGUUUCUUGUUCCUGAUAUAGUUCAGCUCAGCAAUAUCAGGCAGCUCUUCGAAAAGUUGUUCCUUGGCUUUCUCAAUAUUCUGACGUGUAAAACCAUCGGCUACGAUGCCAACUUACUUCCUGGAACAUACUGUAUCUUGUUUUGAAGGAAGCACAACACAUCAGUCACAACCAUCGCCAUCAUGUUCACCAUACUAUUAUAUACGGGAUCACAAUAUCGCUUUGUGAUUGGAUCAACUAUAAGCAUAACACAUUCCUGGUCAUGCCAAACAUAGCCAGCUAAUAACAUAGUCAUAAAUCGGAAGUCAGUUAAUCCCUAUACGUUUUGAGUACGCUACUUGCUAACUUACAGGGCUUUUACAAAAUCCCAUUUCUUAUGGCUCAAAGCGGAAACUAAUGGCACAGUUGUUGAAUUCUAGAAAUGUUACCUGACUAUUUGUCUAAUUCAUGACUCUAGCUCUCAAGUGUAAUCCAAGAUAUUUGAAGGCUCUGAUGCGUCGUGCUAAAGUGGCUGAAGCAUUUGAUGACAUUGAACUUGCUGUUAGAGAUCUUACAGCAGCAUGCAUGUUGGAAAGUUUCCAGAAUGCUGAACUAACGGACAGAGCAGAUUGCAUGUUAAAGGAACUUGGACAAAGGAAGGCAAAGGAACUUUUCAGAAACAGGAAGAAAGAACUUCCAUCUGUGAUGUACAUUGAGCAGUAUCUCAACUCUUUCAGCAGCUAUCAACUUGUUGAUGCUGUUGUGAAGGAUGGUGAGGUUAACACAAGUUCUUCAGAAACAGAUGACUCAUCAGCAGUUGAACAAGACCCAGGUUUACAGGACUAUCAGAGGGUCAUUUCAGCAAUUAGAAGACGCAAGUAUGACAGUGUGUUGGAGAAAUGCACGGCUGCCAUUGACAAGGGUCUGACGAAAGAUCUACCCAGUGCACUUGUGAUUCGUGGAACAUUUAGUUUGCUGAAAAUGGAAAAUGAAGAUGCAAUAAGUGACUUUUCACAGGUUCUUAGUAUGGGUGAUGACAGAGUAUCAACCAAGAUGAGAAUCCACACUCUGCUCAAAAGAAGUGGUGUCUACCAAACAGAAAAUCAGGAUUCCAAAGCAAAAGCUGAUUUUGAUCGUGCAUUGGAUCUUGACCCAGAUGAUUGUGAUAUAUACCACUAUCGUGGACAGGUACAUGUUUCUGCAAACAACUUGCCAGCAGCCGUUGAAGACUUUACAAGAGCAAUAGCCUUGAAUAAUGGGUUUGUUCAUCCACACAUACAGCUGGGAUACGCACAGUACAAAACAGCUGUCCUACAGCAGUCUAAAGAAUUACUAUUAGUAGCAGAGAUGACACUUGAAAACACAGUUAAACAGUUUCCCAAAUGUGGAGAGGCCUACAGUGUUUAUGGCCAGAUGUUACUUGAUCGGCAAGAAGUUAAGAAGGCUACAGAAAUGUUUGAGAAAGCACUGGAAUUAUGUCCAGGAAAUGGAACACCGUGGGUCCACAAGGGCUUGAUGUUGAUCCAGUUUGGUGAAGAUCUCAAUGGUGGGACUGCAAUGAUUGAAAAAGCCUUAGAAGUUGAUCCAAAGUGUGAGUUUGCUUACGAAACACUGGCUGCAUUUGAAAUUCAAAAAGGACAUACCGAACGUGCUAUUGAGUUGUUCGAGAAAGCUAUGGCUCUUGUGCGUUCUGAGGCGGAAUUGGCACAAGCUUAUUCGUUAUGUAAUGCUGCCGUCAUGCAGCAACAACUUACCAAAGAACUAGGAAUAAUACCAGCCAUGCCUUGGGGUAAUCCACCCAUGUUUUCAACGAUGUAAGAAGGACAUAAUGCUUCUCGCAAAUUUCUAAUUUUGUUGUGAAGCCUGUUUUGCCAUUGAAUUAUACGACAAAUUGAAAUACUAGAUCAUCUUGUUGUUGUGCUGCAUACUAAUGUAAUCAUCAUCUGAGUGUUAGGCUGUGCCUCCACUAUUGCAUAGACGUGUUUACAAUCUUGAGCAUAUCUAUCAGUUCAGCGUGCCUUCAAGCAUUCAAACAAUCUAAGGAGGUUAUUCUAAACUGAGACAUAUACGCUACAGUAUUAUAGCUCUUAGCUUAGCGCAUUAUAAAAUGUUUAGCACAUGCAUCAUGAAAAUGAAAGACUGAAUGAAUAUGUUUCUUCGUAUUUAUCAAGGUACAGUGCUAUGGUCUGAACAACAUAGACAGUCACGGACUACAUCACACAAGUAAUAUACAAGCAAAUAAAACUACAAUCAUUUAUUCAACUCUAUAUGUUAAUGUGUCUUUCAUAAUAGUUACUUGCCUCAUUGUAUGUUUUCACAUUGUAUUUUAUUGCAUAGAAAUAGAACAGUCUCGAGUACAACACAUAUAAUACACAUACAUUUAAUAGGUCACCAGAUCGGCGGGAAUUGGUAGCAUAUGACAAACAUUUGACGACUCUGGCAUUCUGUCAAUCGACCCUAAACUUGUUCUGUUGUCUUCUUUUAUUUUCUAGAGUGUGCAAAAAAUAGUUAGAAAGCGAUCUGUAUGGGAGAACAUGUCGGAUCCCAUUUGCAAGAAAUUUCGUGCAACCGGGAUCCUUUUUGUAGUAUAGCGAGGAAACAACGCAGCGACUCUAGACUUGUUCUGUUGUCUUCUUUUCUUUUCUAGAGUCUGCAAAAAAUAGUUGGAAAGCG